AUGGUUAGAAGUAGAAUGCUAUCUGUUAGCAAUAUUCCUUGUGCAACAGUUGAUCAUUGGUUCCUCUCUCAAUGGAACCUUCCUAACUCUAUCUUGAAGCCUCAUCCUUGCAGUGAUAAGAGGGCUGCUGAGGGUGAUUUUAUGAAGAUUGAUUAUAUUUGUGGGUUGAGUGUGGUUAAGGAAGCAUAUUCCGAGUGUAGUGAGGUCUUAUAUUGUUGGUUGAGUGGGGUCCUUCUAUAUUGUUUAGGACAUCCAGUCCGUCAUGGCACAAGCAGGGACAGUUACUUCAAGCUGGCGCUGGAAAAUCCGUGGGUGGAGUUUGUGAGGAAUGGUUCGAUGGGUUUGGCUGCUUUAUGUGCCGUCCAGAAAAUUCUGAUUGUUCAAAAGCUGAUUUUAAUUUUUAGUCUUCUUAUGAGAGGCUAUCAUCGUCAGUCCAUUACUCCUAAAUGUGCUAUGAAAGUUGACAUUAUGAAAGCCUACGAUACUGUUAUAUGGGAGUUUAUUAUUGAUGUCCUAAAGGCCAUGGCCUUUCUACUCUCUAUGAUUUCCUGGAUUAAGGCUUGUAUCACUAGUCCGUCGUUUUCCAUUUGUAUCAAUGGGAGCCUUCAUGGCUAUUUCAAGGGCACAAGAGGCCUUAGGCAGGGAGACCCUAUGUCUCCUUAUUUGUUUGUCUUGGCUAUGGAAAUCCUGGCUAGAAUCCUUACUGAGAAAUCCAAGCAUCAUCUUUUUAAAUUCCAUUGGAAAUGUGAGAAGACUAAGAUUGUUAAUUUGUGCUUUGCUGAUGAUUUAAUGAUAUUCAGCAAAGGGGAUGCAUCUACUGUUCAAAUGAUUAUGCAUGGGCUUGAGGAGUUCAAGAAUCUUUCGGGUCUUACUCCUAGUGCUGCCAAGAGCAACCUAUUUUUCUGCGGGUGUGACUCUAGUCUUAGGGAGGAAAUUCUUAAGAUUGCCAAUUUCAAGGAAGGUACCCUCCCUGUCAAGUACUUGGGUGUUCCCUUAAUCACCACUAAGUUGAGAGCUUUAGAUUGCCAGCAGCUUAUUGAUAGGAUCACUAACCGUAUUAAGAGUUGGACCAAUAAGGCCCUCUCUUAUGCUGGUAGAGCUCAGCUUAUUCAAACCAUCCUGUUCUCCAUGCAAGUCUAUUGGUCCUCGUUGUUCAUCCUCCCUAAGAAGGUUGUUAGAGAAAUUGAAAAUUUACUUAGAGCCUUUCUUUGGUCCGGGGUUGAUCUGAAAAAGCAUAGUGCGAAAAUUGCUUGGGAUAAGGUUUGUGCUCCCAAGUCUGAAGGUGGUCUGGGUUUUAAAUCUCUGGAGGUUUGGAAUAGAGCUGCUAUUGCCAAACAUAUUUGGUUCCUUUUCUCGGGGGGUGAGAAGUCGAUGUGGUGCCAAUGGGUUAAAUCUUACUUACUCAAAGGCAAAAGUUUUUGGAAAGUCCCUGUUCCUAGUGACCCUUCUUGGGUUUGGAGGAAGAUUCUUUCUCUUAGGAAGUCUAUAUUUCCUCUCAUUGUCCACAAAAUUGGGAAUGGUAAUGCUACCUUUUUGUGGCAUGAUAAUUGGCAUCCGGUGGGCUCUAUUUGGGACAAAUUUGGGAAUAGGAUUACCUAUGAUUCUGGUCUCUCUGGGGAGGCUAAAGUGAGCAAUAUUGUUAAUGGGGAUUCCUGGAACUGGCCUUUUCCCAAGUCUUGGGAGAUGAGAGACCUUAUAUCGUUGACCCCCCCUUCUUUUAAACCCAGAUCUUCGAGUAAUGACACUCCUAUUUGGACUCUUACUCAAGAUGGUAUAUUCUCCAUCCAAUCUGCUUGGAACCACUGGAGAGAUAAACAUGAUAAGGUGGCUUGGUAUAAACUGCUGUGGGGUCCAUUCAAUAUCCCUAGAGUUUGGGAUGCUAUUAAAGUUAAGUGUAAUGUAAAGUGGCCUGACAUUUUUUGGCCUGAUAUUGUUCAUGUUGCUAUGAGGGAGAGUCUGGGUAAAUCUCUGAGAGCCAUUACUACUAGACUGGCUCUGCUGUGUACUGUUUAUCAAGUAUGGAUUGAAAGAAAUAACAGAAUUUUUAAUAAGGAAAUGAAACUUGAAGAAGUUGUUAUCAACUCAAUUGUUCAAAUGAUUAGAGGCAGGCUAAUGUCAUUAAACAAUUUGCCUAGAUCUGCAGGUGAUGAAUGGUUCUUAAAGCAAUGGAAUUUGACUGAUUCCAUUUUGAAGCCCCAUAUUGUUCGUAUUGGGAGGGCUGCUGAGUGA